AAUCAAAAAUGGCAUCUGCCACAAAAGAGAAACUAAUUAAAAAAAAAGAGAAGGAAGAGCAACUUCAAAGCAAAUCCUUGGGGAACUUUCACAACUUGGAAUUGUUGUGUAAAGCCGAUGAUAGAUAAAAAAAAACAUUAGAGAAAAUAAUUAAAUAGAAACCAGAUUUAGCAAGAAGUUUGAACAUCUAUGCUGAUGGAGUGAAAUAUUACAUAGCAAGAUAGUAACAGAGGGAUAAAUUAUUGGCAGGAAAAGACAUACCCUUGAUGGAAGUUUCAGAGGAAGAACUCUCUUAACCAACCCUCCCUCUGAUAACAACCAACAGACAAAUGAUCAGACAAAACAAAUUUGAUAUCCUAUCACCCAGACUGUUAUCUGAAAGUUUGGAAAACAAAAACAAAAGAUAUAUUAAUCCCAAUAAUUAUACUCCUUUUGCCAACAGAUAAAAGGUGACCAUUCCUGCAUUAAAUCCGACUUUGAAUUACAACAGAGAUAGAAAUUUACCAAAAUUGAAGGUAUCAAUUGAAGCUAUUAUAAGUUCAAUUACUAUGUUGGAUCAGGCAAUAAUGGAGAACUUGUAAAACGAAUUUUAUAAAAGAGAGAUCAAUAUUGGACAGCAGUGCCGCAAUCAUUUUAAUACAAACAUUUCAUAUGGUAACAAUCAUAUUUUGGCAUGGAUUUUAAUCGUUUGACACCAUCAGAGAGUUAUUAUGUAAGAGUGAUGUAUAAUUUCUUUGAAUUUCAUAAGAAUAUCACAUCGAAGACUGGUAUCUAUUAGAAUUAUGCUUAGGGUUAUCGUAAUCUCUCCUAUAAUAUUACAACAAUAUUGAACGAACUUUUGAUAUAAUACCUCUAGUUUUUAUUUUUAACUUUAAAACCCAAGACUGGGUGAGAGAUGUUCAAUAAUUUACUGAAUUCUAUCAAGCAAACAAUCCAUUAGGAUAAACAAAUAUGAAAACCUCUUUGGAAUUUGAUUUUUAUCUAUCAAAUCUUGUAGGUACAAAAGUCAAUUACAAUGGGAUUAAGACCUAUAAGUUGUAGGAAACUUUGAUGAGUAAUUCAUAGUAUUUAUGGCUCUUGAAACCAGCAGAUUGGAAUAGAGGGGAAGGCGUUCAUGUUUUUAGUACUUUAGAAGAAGUUGAAGCUUUAAUUAAAUCUUACUACUAUGGUAAAGGAAAUUACGAGUGCAAGGAAUUUGUGAUUCAAAAAUACAUUGAAAGGCCUUUGCUGUUGAGUGGAAGGAAGUUUGAUAUACGAUGUUGGGUUCUCAUCUCUUAGGAUAUGCAGUACUUUUUAUUUAAGGAGGCAUACAUUAGAACUAGUGGAACUACAUUUUCGUUAGACAAUGUAAGAUAUCAAUUAAUAGAUUUAGAAAGACAGAUACAUUCAUUUAACUAAUAAUGCAGUUUAAAAGAAUGCCUAAAAUUAUGGAUAAUUUGAAGAUGGCAAUUAACUGUCUUUAAAGAGAUUUCAACAGUUAUUAGAGUACAUAUUAUUUUAACUGUAGUCAACAAGAGACAGUGUAUAAUUUUAGGAAGGAAGGGUGGCCAGUAAUUAAGGAAGUUGUGAAAAUAACUAUGAAUUCGACCAGACUGAAUAAGAGGAAUCGAAAAUAUGGGAUGCAAUUGUUGGGAUAUGAUUUCAUGAUCGAUGAAAAUCUAAAGUUAUGGUUGAUAGAAGUCAACGCAAAUCCAUGUUUGGAGGAGAGUUCCAACCUACUUAAAAUGUUGAUACCUCGAAUGUUGGAUGAUGCCUUCUUGUUGACUUUGGAUAGGGUGUUCACUCCUGAAGUAAUUCACGGACAAUUGUUGCCAAAAUAUAAGGUGGAUGAGUAUGAGGAUUAGGAGAAUAUGUGGGAACCAUUAGGGUUUUGCAAUUGA